GAAGAUGCUCCUGGGCUGAGGCGAAGCCGAGAAGCGAGGAGGAGGACGAGGCGGCUGCGGGAGGGAUGGCUCACUCCGGAGCUGCCGCGGCUGUGCCCGGGGGCAGCGGCGAGCUGCGGGGGUCGGGCUCCCCGGCCUCGGGCCCGGGGGCGGCGGCGGGGGGUCUGGACAGCGGGGGUCCGCGGGACUCGCUGAGCCUGGAGGAGAUUCUGCGCCUCUAUAACCAGCCCAUCAACGAGGAGCAGGCGUGGGCUGUGUGCUACCAAUGCUGCGGUUCCCUGCGGGCCGCCGCCGGAGACCCGCGCAGCCGCCCCAGCCGCGCGCCCCGCCGCCCACUGGAGGCGCCCGCGCAGAUCCGAGUCUGGAGGGAUGGCACCGUCACCCUGGCCCCCGGGCCGGGCGACGCCGGGGAGCCGCCCCCGGGCGCAGGUACAUUGGGAUAUUCACAUUGUACAGAAACAGAGGUUAUUGAAUCCUUGGGAAUUAUUAUUUAUAAAGCAUUGGACUAUGGUUUGAAGGAGAAUGAAGAGAGGGAACUAAGUCCUCCCUUAGAGCAGCUCAUUGACCAUAUGGCCAAUACUGUGGAGGCUGAUGGUAGUAAUGAUGAAGGUUAUGAGGCUGCAGAUGAAGUCAUGGAUGAAGAAGAUGAUGAGAAGAGAAAAAUCUCAAUUAUUCGAUCAUAUAAAGAUGUCAUGAAGUUGUGUGCUGCCCAUCUCCAAACUCAAUCAGAGGCACCAAACCACUACCAGGCAGUAUGUAGAGCGUUAUUUGCUGAAACAAUGGAGUUGCACACAUUUCUUAGCAAAAUUAAGAGUGCAAAGGAGAAUCUCAAGAAGAUUCAGGAAAUGGAAAAGAGUGAUGAAUCUAGUACAGACCUAGAUGAGCUGAAAAAUGCCGACUGGGCUCGAUUCUGGGUACAGGUGAUGAGGGAUUUGCGGAAUGGUGUAAAACUGAAGAAGGUUCAAGAGCGACAGUAUAAUCCUUUGCCAAUUGAGUAUCAGCUCACACCUUACGAGAUGUUAAUGGAUGAUAUUCGUUGCAAACGCUACACGUUGAGGAAGGUAAUGGUGAAUGGUGAUAUUCCUCCUCGGUUAAAAAAAAGUGCUCAUGAAAUCAUCCUGGACUUCAUUCGAUCACGACCUCCCUUGAAUCCAGCCUCAGCCAGAAAACUGAAACCAACUCCACCACGGCCACGGAGUCUUCAUGAAAGAAUAUUGGAGGAAAUCAAAGCAGAAAGAAAAUUACGCCCAGUUUCACCAGAGGAGAUUAGGCGUAGUAGGCUAGCAAUGCGGCCACUUAGCAUGUCUCACAGUUUUGACUUGUCAGAUGUAACCACUCCUGAAUCUCCAAAGAAAGGGACAGAAUCCUCUGUGUUGAAUGGCAAUCUAACACCACAAACAAAAGCCAACGGUGUAAGUGGCCCACCAACAACAGUGCAACGGAAGAAGCUCCUUAAGGCCCCAACUUUGGCUGAACUGGACAGCUCUGAAUCAGAGGAGGAAACAGUGCACAAGUCAGCAAGCAGCAGCAGCAUAUCUCCCUCCUUUCUGGAAGACCCCAUACUAGAGGCUAUGCCAAGCAAAAAGAUGCCUCCAAAAUUCUUGCCCAUAUCAUCAACACCCCAGCCAGAGAGACGACAGCCACCCCAAAGACGACAUUCCAUUGAAAAGGAAACCCCCACCAACGUUAGACAGUUCCUGCCACCAUCCAGACAGAGCUCCAGAUCACUUGUUCCUAGGAUAACCAGUUUAUGGCCAAGGACACCUUUCCGACCACUUUUUUCUACCAUACAAACAGCUUCUCUGCUCAGCUCUCAUCCCUUUGAAGCAGCCAUGUUUGGGGUAGCAGGGGCUAUGUAUUAUCUCUGUGAAAGAGCUUUUACCAGCAGGUGGAAAUCCGCAAAGGAAGAAUUCUGUUAUCCAGUGGAAUGCUUGGCUCUCACGGUGGAGGAAGUGAUGCAUAUUCGCCAGGUGCUGGUAAAGGCAGAGCUGGAAAAGUACCAACAGUAUAAAGAUGUCUACACUGCACUGAAAAAAGGAAAGCUCUGCUUCUGUUGCCGAACUAGGAGGUUUUCCUUCUUCACUUGGUCUUAUACCUGUCAGUUCUGUAAGAGGCCAGUAUGCUCACAGUGUUGCAAAAAGAUGCGAUUGCCAUCCAAGCCAUAUUCCACUCUUCCUAUCUUUUCUCUGGGACCUUCUGCCUUGCAAAGAGGAGAAAGUUUUAUGAGACCUGAAAAACCCUCCACUAGCCACCAUCGGCCACUUCGGAGCAUUGCCAGGUUCUCCUCAAAAUCUAAGUCUGUAGAUAAGUCAGAUGAAGAACUACAAUUUCCCAAAGAAUUGAUGGAGGACUGGAGUACUAUGGAGGUGUGUGUAGACUGCAAAAAGUUUAUUUCAGAAAUCAUCAGCUCCAGCCGGAGAAGCCUGGUGCUGGCCAACAAGCGAGCUCGUUUGAAAAGGAAAACACAGUCAUUCUACAUGUCCUCAGCAGGUCCCUCAGAGUACUGCCCUUCGGAGAGAACUAUCAAUGAAAUCUGAGCCUUGUGCCUUUCCAGUUGCUCUUGUUCACAAAGUCAGCAUUGGUGGGAGAACACUAAAAACUGCAUUGUCUUUCUUUUCCUUUUUGUGGUUUUAUUUCAUAGGCUUGAAUUUGCAUUAGAUCAGAUAUUUGUUGCACCACGUUGUUCUACUGACUGAAUACUGUGUUCAUAUCUGUUAUUGAUAUGCAACAGGUCAGCUAAUCAAUCAUUUGCACUGAAAGAAAACAGUGGUUUGAAACUUGCCUUUUUUUUUUUAAUUUGUACAUUUGAAGGACAAAACAAUUUUCCCUGAGUUCAGUUCUUUACCAUUUCUUGAAUCGUUUUCCAACCAAGGCUGAAAGGUUCUUUAAGGAGAAACCAAUCUAACAAAGGAAUCAGUGUUAGCACAGUUCUAAGCAGUAAGUCAUAUUGGCAUUUCCACCUAAUAGUGUUCACAUGUAGUGUAUACAGUAAUCCAGAGCCCUCCUGGAGGACACCAAACUCCUUACUUGGGCUAUAGUAAUUAUUGUCUCACAGCAUAAACUCUAGGAUUUGCUAAUGCUAACAAAUCAAUUUUUAAAUUUCUUGUUAAUCUGAGAUUUUGGUUAAAUAAGGGACUUUAUGAUGUCUGUGUUCUAGUGUAAAACACCAGCAUAAGCUGUACACCCAAAUGGGUGACUAUUUCCCCGAAGCUGCUGGAUUUGUCAGCCCUAGUGUAACUGACCAAUGUCUCUCAUGGAGGUGACACUUUAUUCCUUUGAAUGUAUUAUGAUUAUUGGUAGUAUUAGUAAUAAUAGACUGGGCGAUAGAGAUUUGGCAAAAGUUUGGGGACUAAGUGUAUGGCAGCAGCUUGAGUGUAUUCCUAUAAUGUAAAAAGAGAGUCCAUGAUUAUACUCAAAAGGUGGGUGGUCUAUUUUGAAACUACACAGGUUGGCAGCCUCUGACCACACUGGUAUUGGCUCUGGUAGCAGAUACAUUAUCAACUGUGUUUUUCAUAUCUUAGGAACUUGGCCAUCAAGUCUAAACUCAGCUGUAAUUUGGUACCUAAGGUCUUAGACUGGAAACAAAUUUAUUUAUUUUUGUAAAUGAACUUUUUAAAAACAAAAAAUGGUUGUUUAGCUGUUUUAAAGUUACAAGAACAUUAAUUAACCUGCUGACUGGCUUCAGAUGCUUUUUUGCAUUUCUUUUUCUCACAAAUGGAUUCAUGUGUGUAGUAAGGGGGGGCGGGGAGGAGAAAGGAUGAGCCAUUGUGCACCUGAAAUUUAUCAGCUCAUUUAAGGUCGUAAAUGGGAUAGAUUAUUUUGGUAUGCUUAAAAACAACCAACCAAAUAACUAUUGAUGUUUGUCAGAUCACUUAAUGCACAUGCACUGUAAUUUUCAUAAAGCAGUAGUAGGUACAUCCAUAUUCAACCUGAUGACAGCAUCAUAGGUGGCAUGAUAAGUGUUAUUGUAUCAAAAUAUAGUUAACAUUUCUCUAUGAAAUUAACAUGCCUCAAAACUGUCCCAACACUAUUUUAAAAUGGACUAAAAUUUUAUGAUUUCAUAGCUUAAAAUUUCCAAAAUAAAUUUUAAUGAUUAAUUAAAUAAUGCACGUUAACAGUUCCUCCAUAUUUGCAUGUGAAACUAUAAUGUCUCCAGGGAUUUCUGAUUAUGUAGAAAUUUAAAUUGUUUUAAGAGCUUUGAAAAAUCUAUUCAGUGAAACUUAUUUGUAACAUUUUCUAAGAGACCAAGUUGUUUGAAAUUUAUAUUCAGGAAAAAAAAUUUUAUGCGAGCCACAAUUUUUGGGACCCCAUAGUCAAACUUUUAAAAUAAUUCCUAGCUUGAAAAGGGAUAUGAAGGUAAGAGAAAAAGAUAGCUCAAUUAUGUUCCUUCUACGUGUGUGUGUGUAUAAACAUACACACAGCCAUGCUUGACCAGUUUUUUGUUUGCUUGGUUUUUGGUCUGGACCCAUAAUUUAAUCUGUAUAGGGAAAUCCUAGUCUAGAAAUUCCUUUCAAAACUUAAUUUUCAGUCUUAGAGAGUUGCUAGGGGUACUGGAAAUUUAGUGGCCUGCCUACCGUCAGACAGCCAGUAUACGUCUAAGGCAGGGCUUGAAGCCUAUAAAGAGGACACACUGCAUCCUCUCAUAACAAGCUACACAAAAGCAAAAGUAACAUCCUAAAACUGCGAGAUGUUCUUACAUUCACAAAAAUAAAUAAAAGCAAAUAACUAGAGGUGACCUUUCCAGCCCAUCUUCCUCCUUUAGGUCCAUGAUAGUACAGAAGUUUGUGAAACUCUACUCACCAUUCUUGCUCUCUUGAUUAUUAGAAUAUAAAUGGGCAAAUUCAACAUAAUAGGAAGCAUGGUAAAUACAAAUGAAAUAAUUUUUUAAAUGGUAACUGUAAGAAAAGGAGGAAAGUACCAGUCAACUUGUAAUUUGUAUCAGUCCUAUUAGUGUGCUUUUUGGGGUGCCAAAACCAAUCCUUGUGUUUUAACCUUUUGUUCUCCUAUGCUAAAUUCUAUAAUGAUCACUUAAUUCCCAUAAGAAGCAAUUCUCAGUUUGAAGGGCUGGAAUUUAAAAUCCUUUGCCUUAUCUGUCUUUAGGACUCAUUUUCACAUUUUAAAAUUGUUCAGUGUCCCUCUUUAUGCUAUUCAGCAUUCACUUGUGAUCCAGUUUUUUGGGUUUCUUAAGGCAUCUGUGCUGCCCCUUUCAUUUGGAGUUUAAGGGAUCUUGGGGCAGUGUGUGCUCAAAUGAAAUAAAAUGACCUGCUGUGCGCAGUGCCCUGUACAAACCUGAAAAAGUGCUGUCUUCAGUGUUAGGUGUUCUUCCUUGGUUGGCAGCACUGUUGGAUUUCCUCUUCCACUUUCCUUGCUCUCCUCCCACGCUCGCUCCAGGUGUUGAGUGCCACUUCUUUUUGUUCUCAUACCUCAUGAAGUUACCCUGUGGAGAGGUCCAUGUUUCUCUCCCUGUAGUUUAACCUCAUAUCAGUAUCAGAAUAUAUGAGAAAGUUUGUAAAUACAUGUAAUAUAUUUAUUAAUAUUUGAAAGGCUGCCAUCCAGCAGACAAUGGGGAUAGAUUUUCGCAAGAUGAUUGAAAAUGAAAGCAAGUCUUACUGAUAUUCACAUUGAUUAAAAUUAUCUUACUAGAUUUCAAAAUUUUGAGCCUUUUAAGUCAAACCUUGGAGACUUUAUGGCACGUAGCAUUUUAAGAAUUAAGUUGCGAGAGGAUAUGUAACUAGCAACAUGAACUCACCACCAUGAAUUUUUCUUAAAGCUUUUAUUUUUCUAACUGUGUUAAUAAAUGUAGGACUUGGUUUUAAAGGUCACAUAGGAGACAUGAAAGUUCCUAAAAUGUGCUACCAUUAUUUACUGAUGGUGAAAAUACAGAGAAUUUUGUAUGAAGUACUAUUAAAUUAGGGCCAUGAGGAAUGUGUUCUCAGCUUUCUGUGUGUAUAAAAUCCAAGGUCUUACUGGUAUUCAUGGUGAUAGCACUAAACAUUUUUCAUUAAAGCCUCUUAUUUGAAAAUUAUCUGGGGAAAAAUAAAAAAAGCCUUUCCAUCAUA